AUGUACAUGUUGAACAAAUACUUUGUUCCUAGUUAUUUUCCUGAUGAAGUAAACAAUGCUCUCCGAUUGCCUUUGGACAGUAAUGAUCACAAAGAACAAUCCAUUCUCCGAGCUUUCUCUUGGUUGGGAAUUAUUGAAUUUUGUGAUAUGGAAAUUGUAAGAGGAGAAUGUACAUUGGAGAGAAAUAUUAAAUUCAUAAUGGAUAUUUUGGAUUUGAUCUAUUCAGUGAAAGGAUUCAAUAAUACAGAGGAAUUGAAACAACAAUUUACAAAGGAUCACAAUUUUAUCAAUCACAUAUGUCACAAUAAGGAUUCAGUUUUGGCCAAUGAUAUGAAACUCUUCUCAAAUGAAAUGAGUUCUAAAUUCAAGAGGAAGAAACUUCCAGAUGCUGCCUCAUUCAAAACAGAUGUGGAAAAGGCAAAUCUUCACAUUCAAAGAUAUCAGGAUAUUAUUGAGGAAUUACAGACAAAUAUUGAUGAGCAACAUAGAGGACAAUCAGUUGUUUUGAAUGAACAGACCUUACAUACGGGAGGAAAUUAUUAUAUCAUGUCCAAUCUCUCAGUGGAACACAAUGAAAAGAUACAACUAUUGGGUGAAGCCAUCGGUCGAUUCAGCACCUUAGUUGACCAAUUUAUGCACGUCUAUCAUGAGGAAUUUACACAAUGGAUCAAUCCAAAACCUGUAGAAGAGAAAUCCCAACUCGAAGAAUUAUCAGUCUCCAUUCCAGAAGUUUUGACUACUUUAGAGACAGAAAAAUUGUUGUUGAUGAAUAUCAAGGUAAUACGAUACGAACUUCAUCAUCAAACAGAUGAUUCCAAACCAUUUGUAUUAUACACGAUACAAAUUGAAAAUAGGAGAAAAAGGAAGCAACUUGGAGUCUCGUCAUCACACUUGGAGAAUGCAGAGUUGAGUGGUGAUGUUGUGCCACUCAAUUAUUCAUCACCUUUUGAUAGAGAGUACAAGUAUUCAUAUGUGGAGGAGUUUGAUGAUGAUGGGAUUUCUACGUCAUCACAUUCAGAGACUACUUCUAAUGGUGGUGGAGGAGGAGCCUCUCCUAAUCAACAUCAUCAUCAUCACCACCAUCACAAUCACAAUAAUCAACAUCAUCAUGAAUCACCUCGAGAGACUUGUGGAUUUAUGAAUCACUCCGAUUGGACAGUUACUAAAAGAUAUAGUGAAUUGUAUGAUUAUCAUCAACGUUUCAUUGAAAUUACUACUACUACUACUACCUCCCUACAGAACAGUAAGGAUAUGAAAUCACUCUUUCCGAAAAAGCUAAUUAUUGGAAAUUUAAAAAAGGAAAAUAUUGAAAAGAGAGUUGAACAAUUUAACGAGUAUUUCAAAAAGAUGGUUGAUAUUAUAUUGAAGGAGGAUAAUUCAGAGUUGCAAAAGCUAGUUACGCACUUCUUUUCAGCUAAACCACCACUAGUUUUAUCAGAAUCAAAUCCUUCGAAACAUCCCAAUAAGAAUAUUGAUUGGAUGAUUCACAAACCAAAUUCCAGAAAUAAUUGGUUCUUUUCGGCACCAUUAGGUUUUGAAAAGUUCAGUACUUCAUUCGAUAGGAGAGCAGAGUAUAUUUCACCCAUUUUCCAAAACAUUAGUAUUGAAACUCUGAUUAAUUUAUGGGAAAAGUUUAUUUCAAAACUGGAGAAGGUAGAAUUGGUCGAUUCGAAUCAUGAUAUUUGCUUGUAUACCUAUAUGCAGAAAGCAUCAUUUAUUAAUGACUUUAUAACUGUGCAAUUUGUUCAGGAAAUUCCACCAAAAUCACCUGAAACUAAUACUGAAACAACAGCAGAAGUUACCUCACCCAACAAAAACGAAGAGCUAGAUGAUACCUUAUCAAAUAUGUCACCACCAAAUUUUGAGAGCAAUGUUGGUGAUAUUUUGAAAAGAUUUAGUAUUAGAAGAACGACAGAUUUUGAUAUUAGAGAUUUACUGUCCGAUACUUCUAAUAAUCUUUAUGACGAUACUCAAUCCACCGAAGAAGUUAGAAAACCAAAGUUUUCAAUUGUAAUUUAUUCUAGAUCAAAGUUUGAUCUCAAAGAUACCAAUGAAAAACGUGUAAAGUCAUGGUUGAAUGAUUUUAAAAAGUUUGUGUUAACACAGGCACCAACAGUUCAACUUUGUAAUUCAUUCCAAUGGGAAUAG